AUGGCAAUUUGGCCUCCUCUUGCACCAGUUCCACCCCCCGCGGUGCAGAGUGCCAUACCACCCCAGGAAUGGGAGCUCUAUACAGAUGCGUGGAUCUUGCUUCUGAGCUUGCGCAUAGAAUCAUCUAAUGCGGAAUUCGCACAAUAUGCAUCCACAGAUGACUCCGCAGUCACCUUCUUGACUUCAUUCUAUGACCAGCUGGCAAGUGCUGGUACGCCGGGUUUGCACAUGGGGACGAAAGCAAGAACACUACGGAGGCUAUGUUUCUUGCUCACAAGGCGACUCUUGUUAGAUGCGCCCACCUCACCACCAGAUCUACUAGAAUGGAAGUACCUGGGCAACAUGUGCAGUUGCUAUCCCUCCAGCUCUGCGCUGAAGAAAUUACUAUCCGAAGCAUGGGACAAGCAUGAAGAGACUAUAUCAUCGAGCCUCGAGAAGGCAAAGACAACCAUGACGAAACAGCUGGCUAUGUCAAGCUCCGCGCAAGCUCCAAAGAUCAUCUCUGACAUUCGCCUAUUAACCAUCCUGGGCUCUGUCCUCCCCCCAUGCGGCCAGACACUGAUGGCCGGCUCCGACUUCCUGGACACCUGCUGCGAAGCAUACCAAGGACACAAGAGGGAAGACUUCCGCAAGGUACUAGUCGCCAUCAUCUACGUCGGCCUUACAUCUCUACUAAAAGGCCCAAAACCAAACCUCUCCCUACUUCUGGACCAGCUCUUCAGCCUAAAGGCCAGCGCAGGGAUCAACGCACCCACAACAAAGAAGGAGCCCACCCUCCUCUCCGACCUAAUAUGCAGCUCUGAUCUCCUUGUCCGCCUGGAUCGGUACCUGAUCUUGCACCCGCAGAAACGCGGCCAAGAUCUCCUCUCCAGUCUGCGCGCUUACCAAAUCGAAUCGAAUGUAUUCCACCACCGCUACCAGAAGCAAAAGAGAAGACUCGACAAGGGCAAAGCCCGCGCCACCACAGAUCUCCCCCAAGCAGACGACAUGCAUAUUCACAGAAUGUCGCUCAUCACGCAGAUCCAGGACCUCUUCCCCGACCUGGGAUCGGGGUACAUUGUCCGUCUACUCGAUGUCUACGACGAUAACCCGGAGAUCGUCAUCGCACACCUUCUGGAUGACUCUAUUCCCCCUGAACUCCAGAACCUUGAUAAAUCAGAACAACUCCCCACUACCGAUUCCACUGCCCCCAAGCACGACCCCUUCCCUCCCCGUCCAACACCACCAGGAAUCUCUCCACCGACUCAGGCCCGCAAAAACAUCUUCGACAAAGACGUCGAUCUAGCCGACCUCGCCGAAACAGACCAACUGCGCUUCGGCCGCGCAAAUCCAGACCAAACAGCCGAUGACAUCCUCGCAGAUCGCAGCAAGCACGCCGCCAACAAAGCGGCCAUCAUGUCUGCGCUGGCGAGCUUCGACUCAGACGACGACGAACGCGACGAUACCUAUGACGUAGCAGACGUAGGCGGCACCGUUGACGCCACCACGACUGACACAGACGCUGAUGCGAAACACAAAGCGGACGAGCUCGAUCUCACGCUGUUCCGGACGUACAAGCUACGCCGGCGCUGUUUGCUCGGGACUCGGCUACCCGUCGGUCGCAGCCACGAGCUUCGCUGA